AUUAAAAAGCCGGUCACACCAGUUGUCAGAAGUGCUGGUUUCGUUUGUUAUGAACUGUUUAUUAUUAAUAUUCAGGCUAUAAACAAUGUCGGCUUCAGCCAGUUCUGAUGAGGAAUCUGACUUCAAAGAGAUCAGCUCAACAAAUUAUCAACGCGUCCAAGAUAAAGUUGCAAAGAUAAGCUAUGCAGAUGGCAUUGCUGAUGGGAGAGAAAAAGUAUUCCAAGACAGUUUCGACGAAGGUUUUGAGAAUGGUUUUAAAACGGGAUUCGAAUUGGCCAAACUAAGCGCCUUUUAUGAAACCAUGAAAAAUGCGGGAACGGAAAACGUGGCGUUCAACAUAGAACAGGAGACUUAUGAACAACUAAAACUAGCAGAUGCUACAGAUAAAACACACUUUAAAUAUUUGGAUCAUCAGGGGGCUCCACUUAACAUUAUAUCGGAUAAACAGAGGACCUAUGUGGAUAACCUUCUUGAAUCACUAGGACAGAAAAUCCCAACGACUACGAAUUUAUUCAAAUCAAGCAAAGAUUCUAGAGUUAAUGUAGUUUAAUGCAUGUGUUUGGGAAUUAUCAAAAAUAACUGAAAAUAUAUCUGCUUGCGACUUAUAAAUAAAGGCCCUCGGGCGUGCCUUCCUUCUUCCGGUA